AUGAAGACAGAUUGGUCACAUUAUCUAAGCGUCGAAAUGGAAUCUACAAUAAGCAAUGAGCUUUCCAUUCUCUGUGGUGCUGAAGUUGCGUUUCUCGGAUACUCUUGCUCAGGAAAACCAUACACAUUCGGCAGUCCGUCUUUUCAAGCCGUGGCAGAGCGAUUUCUCAAUCGUGAGGCCUCAUCAUCGUUGCAACGAUCGGUCAUGAAUGCUCACCAACAAGCGAAGAUUCAAGAGCUUUGCAAAGUAUACAAUAGAAUGGUGGAGGAGGCAAAGACGGAAGAAGCCAAAGUAAAGAAGGCAGCUGCAUUAGCGGAGACAAUGCCCGUAGAUGAGGAUGCGUGGUGGAAAGUGGAUCCAAAGGAGGUGGAAGAUCACGAAGAGGCGAAGAAGAUAAUGGAAAAGUGUGAAGGGCUCUAUGAGAAACUGUGUAAUGAAGCUGCUGCAAGGAUCCAAAGAGGAGAUGCUGAGAAUAAUAACAAAUGA